AGAGUAUAUAUCUUUCUUCAAAUGUAAUAAGCAUCAUUGUUCCAAAAAUAUCAAGAAUUAAUUUGAUAUGGGAAACUCAGGAUAAAAUUAUUAUUAGUUACUAUGCAAAUCACCAAACAACAAAAGGAAUUAAAGGAAAGUUAUUGGCUUCAUUAAAUAGUACUAGUGAAGAAGAAUUGAAUGAUACAUUAUCAAAUA